AGGAAAAGGAGAGAGAGACAGGGAGGGAGAGGAAACGACACCUCGCCAGGCUCUGAGUUUUAAACCGACUGCCUUUUUCCUCCCCUCCAUGCUACAAAGACUCAGAGCUUCUCUUUUUCCCAUUCGUCUCCUGUCACUUCCUUCCUGGACGCUUUCAGGACAAGUCUGGUUAGUUGUUAUCCUGGCAGCACAGAGCCCCUUCCCUGCCUGCUGACUGUACACAGACAUCCUCUGCCUGCUAUUGGAUUGACUUAGUGCUGCUUACUGCUGCCAUCAGGACACAUACCGGGGGCUCAGGGAGUCACAAGUCACAAGAAUCCUGUGUGUUUGCCUCUUUUAGUGUGUUAAAAAGAAGACAAGGAAACCCCCAGGACUGGAGAGAGCGGCAGAUGUGUCAUGUACGGAUGCCGGGAUCUGUGAAUUGAAAAGUGCAAAUAGGAAGGUGAUAGAAUUGUUGAAAGAAAGACGAGAGAAGGCAAGAGAAAGGGAAAAUACACAGCUUCAAGGACGAGAGAAGAAAGGAAAACGGGGACUAUGGGGAGAAAAAAGAUUCAGAUCACGAGGAUAAUGGAUGAACGCAACAGACAGGUGACAUUUACAAAGAGAAAGUUUGGGUUAAUGAAGAAGGCUUAUGAACUGAGUGUUUUAUGUGACUGUGAAAUAGCGCUAAUAAUCUUCAACAGCACAAACAAACUAUUCCAGUACGCUAGCACUGAUAUGGAUAAAGUUUUGCUGAAAUAUACUGAAUACAAUGAACCGCAUGAAAGUCGAACAAAUUCAGACAUUGUUGAGACGUUGAGAAAGAAAGGACUUAAUGGUUGUGAUAGUCCAGAUCCCGAUGCAGACGAUUCAGUAGGUCACAGCCCUGAGUCUGAGGACAAGUACAGAAAAAUAAAUGAAGAUAUUGAUCUUAUGAUCAGCAGGCAAAGAUUGUGUGCCGUUCCACCUCCGAAUUUUGAGAUGCCAGUUUCAAUCCCCGUGAGCAAUCCAAAUAAUAUGGGAUACAGUAAUCAAGCUAACUCACUGGGGAACCACAACCUUUUGCCACUGACCCACCCAUCUCUGCAAAGAAACAGCAUGUCUCCUGGUGUGACACAUCGACCACCUAGUGCUGGUAACACAGGUAAUGGAUAUGGCAAUCAUCGCAAUUCACCAGGUCUGCUGGUCUCACCUGGUAAUUUAAAUAAAAAUAUGCAAGCAAAGUCACCACCGCCAAUGAACAUGGGGAUGAACAAUCGAAAACCUGACCUCCGAGUUCUUAUUCCACCUGGCAGCAAGAAUACAAUGCCCUCUGUGAAUCAAAGGAUAAAUAACUCCCAGUCUGCUCAAUCGCUCGCUACGCCAGUGGUUCCCUUAGCAACCCCUACUUUGCCAGGGCAAGGAAUGGGGGGAUAUCCAUCAGCCAUUUCAUCAACAUAUGGCACUGAAUAUUCUUUAAGUACCGCAGACCUUUCAUCACUCUCUGGGUUUAACACUAGUGCGCUCCAUCUUGGCUCAGUAACUGGCUGGCAACAACACCAUCUGCACAACAUGCCCCCAUCAGCUCUCAGCCAGCUGGGAGCUUGUACUAGCACUCACAUAUCUCAGAAUACAAAUCUCUCCCUGCCUUCUGCUCAAAGCCUCCACAUCAAGUCAGAACCUGUUUCUCCUCCUAGAGACCGUACCAACACUCCAUCGGGAUACCCACAUCACACGCGCCACGAAGCGGGGAGAUCUCCUGUUGAUAGCCUAAGCAGCUGCAGCAGUUCGUAUGACGGAAGUGACCGAGAAGACCAUCGGAACGAUUUCCACUCUCCCAUUGGACUCACCAGACCUUCGCCGGACGAAAGAGAAAGUCCUUCAGUCAAGCGCAUGCGGCUCUCCGAAGGAUGGGCAACAUGAUAUAAUUAUUAUAUAGUAGAAUUUUUUUUUUGCAGUGUGUGUGUGCUAUACUUAAUGGGAAUCGGUAGGGUGGGAGGGUCGAUAUACAUUAUAUGUGCCGUGUGUUGGGGGGGAAAGUCAGGUACUCUGUUUUGUAAAAGUACUUUUAAAUAAAAUCGCCUCAGUGAUCCAGUAUAGGGAUAAGGAGAAAUGCUGAGAUAUAAAAAAGCUUAGCACUUAAGCUGUACAACAGAAAACUUGUACAAAAUAGAUUUUGAAGAUAACUUCUUUUUCACUAUUGUGCUCCCUUUGCAAAAUGUAUGUUACAAUAGAUAGUGUUAUGUUGCAGGUUCAACGUUAUUUACAUGUAAAUAGACAAACCAGGACAUGUUUUGCCAGCAAUGGUAGAUCUUUACUGAGAAAGAAAGCAGCUGUUAUGCAACAUAUGGUGAAAUGUACAGAGGUUUUGACAGUCCCAAGAUUGGGUGGCCACCGAUAUCUGUAAAAUGGCCGAGCCACCCAAUAUAUGUAAACUUCUCAAACACACCAGCAGACAAUGAAGUUAUGGACUUUAUUUCACAAAAACAAAAAUGUACAUUUCAAACCAGACUACACUGAUUGUUGGGUUUGAGAACUUACAUAUGUUAUUGUUCGGUUCUAGAUAUACAUCACUUAAUAUAUAGAAAUAUAAAUUAUGUACAUUACAUUUUGCUUAUUUUCAUAUAAAAAAAAAAGUUAAAUGAAGUUUGCAAAGCAUUUGUGGCUUUUUGUAAGUAACUUAAGCCAAAAUGUAUUUUUAUUUUGUUUUUUAUUUUUAUUUUUUAUUUUUUUUUUCAUUUUUUUUUUCUUCCCUUGAAAGCUUUGCUAAUAUUUUACAGUCCUCAAAAAACAAAAAACAAAGAUUAAGGUUUUUUCGUAAAAAAUAAAAAUAUAUAUAAAAAAUAUCACCCCCCUCACGCCAUGAAGAACUCCACGCUUUUGCUAAUCGAGAUAACUGUUCCUCUUUGUAGAAGUUUUGUUUUUGAAAUGUGUAUUUCUAAUGAUAUAAAAUAAUAUUAAGAAUCUUUCAAGAAAAUCUGUGAAAUUAACAUACUUGUGUAUAGCAUUCUAAUAUAUAAUAAACAUGAAACUAGCAUUUUUUUUUUCUUAUCUUAAUAGCGGGGAGGAACCAAUGUAUAUUUGUGCAUGUGCACAAGUACGUAACUGAUCUUUAAUUCUGCAUACAUUUUGCAAAUUGAAAUACACCUACAUCACAAGGACAACCUGAAAGGUUUUAAACUUGCUGGAAAUGGUUUAAAUAACCCAAUGGUUGCAUUCAGACGGGUGAACUGACAUCCAUUGUAUAUUGUAUAAUAACUACAUUAGCUGUCCAUCUAUUUUAUAAACACCAUCACAUAGAACUUAAGUUUCAACAAAUAUACAGUUUCAUAACUGAUUUCCUAAGUGUAGCAACAAGCCUAGACUCCUGUACUCUUGUUAAAAAAAAAAACCAACAAUCUUUUGAUGUUUCCAGAAUAUGCAAAUAUAACCAACCGAGUUUACGAGUAUUGUUAGCAGUAAUUUGCCUUUGACGGGUUCUUUCUAGAAAAAAAUAGCCAUAUUUAAAGUUUACCUAGCAACACGUUUCAGAAAUGCAUACAGCACAUUGUAGAAACAGAAGUUUGUCAUUUUGAUGACCUUGCAAAAUAUUGUAAGUCACGUAACCAGCAGAAAAUAGAACAUAUGUGCAAGUCUAGAAGCGCUUAGCAUGGCACAUAGAAAUUUACCAGAAUGCUGAAAAAUUGCUGAAAAUGGGUGGCGCUCAGCCCUUAUAUUCAGACUACUGAAUUCAGUAAAAAAAAAAAAGCAGUGUAUAGGGAGAAUGGUACACCUGUAAUCUGAUUUAAUGGGAAAAAAGCACAACUUUGUCAUGGGUCACGUUCUGUAAAGUAUAACGUUUUACAUUUCUAAGAUGUACCUUGCCAAUUACUAUUUUGGCAAAGUUGAUUUUGACUUUUAUUGCAAUCCCUUUGUAUUUAAGGAUUUUGAGGCAGAGCCUCGGGGUAUUAACAUUUAACAUAAACUUGUCCUAUAUUAAGUAGAAAAAAAAAUAGGCAGCAUUUUUAUUUGCAAGUUAAAAUAAACAGAGUGGCAUUUUUAUUAUUUUAUUUAAAUGGAAUAUAGUAUCCCCUCUGAUUAUGGAGGAUUUUUUUUAAUUUUUUUAAACGUUUUUUUCUCUCUCUCUUUUUUUUUGUAAAGGAAAUAUUUUGAAGCACAAUGAAUUUACACGACAGUUUGCAGUUCUCGGAUAACAAAAAUAUAACUGUAAUAUAAUAUCAAUUUACAGUAAGCUGCAAUAAGGAAAAAAAAACAUACUACCCAUAAUCUUUUCAUUUUUUUAAUUUAUUUUUUUUAAGAAAACUUCAGUUCUAAUAAUUGUAUGUGAAUCUUCACUUGAGUCUAAUUCCCCUCCUCUAACUUAUAUACAACAAUACUGAUGUGUUUUGUUCUUAUCAUUGUGUUUGUCAACUUUUUUCAGGAACUUAAAUUAUAUGUAUUCUUUCCUUUUUUUUUUAACAAGCCACUUGAAACUGAAUAAAGGCUGUUGCCUAAACACGAAGUUCUUCAUUUGUCCUUGUUUGUGCCAUCUGCUGUGAUACCAUUUCAGUUUUGUUCAUCCACUCUGGAUUUCAUAGAAGACUGUUGGAAUAUUUGUAUUUUCACACUGGUUGUGCUGUUAAGACUUUGUUCAUAUAUUAUAACCAACGACAUGGAGCAAUCCAAGCUUUCAAAAAAGUGUUGUCUUAUGUUUUCUAACGUGACAUAAAAAGUAACCACAUUCUCUAAACUUUAGAUGUCUGAUUGGAGGUGUCUUAUCCACUUUAGGCCUUCACGUUUUUAUGAAUGGCUACCAAGUUAUCUGAAAAAUCCUUUGGCUCAAUUACAUUGCAUUUUAAAUGUAAUAAAGUCCGUCUCAGGUCCUAUGGAAUAAAACAGUUUAAAGCCAGUUAGAAUUUAAAAACACUCCUAUCAUUCAUUAUUGUCCGACUAUCAGCCGACAAACUGAUUGAAUGGACCCCUGUCAUCCCGUAAAUAAAAAAAAAGGUUGUAUUAUACUCUGUAUUUAAUUUAACUAAUUCCAGUUCCUAAUCCAUUGUAUCUGAGUGGUAUUUUAACCUCCAAAUACAAAAGUUGGACAUCAUCAUAGAACAGACGCAUUGCUUAAUAUUUAGUUGUUUUUUUUUUAAUUAGUUGUGUAAAUAAGUGCAGGUAAAACCUGAAAUGUUAAAAACUUGGAUUGCUCCGGUUGGUUUUAUGUGUAUUUUAUUUUAUUUUGGAAAUGUAUUUCCAUUUAAGAUUAGUAUUUCAAUUCCAAAGUUUGUUAAAGAGGCAGAUUAAACAAAUUAUAUAAUCAGUGACAACAGAGGCUCACAGCGGCAUAAGCUGGACUUUGUCGCCCCUAGAUGACGAGAUGUAAUAUAAUAAAUGAAAAGCAUCUGUAUAUCUCAAGGGACUUAAUUCAGCUAUCUGUAGUGAACAAGUUUGGAAAAAAAACUUGAAGGUGUUUCUGCUGCUGGACUCCAGGUUUAAUUUGUAUUUUGCGGAAAAAUAAGUAAAAUGACUGUCUUUCAUAGUGAA